UUCUCUAACACAACAUAUAAACAUCUUUGCCAAAAAAAAAAACAGGGUUUUAGUUUACAGAAGGAAAAGACAAAGGGGUUUAAGUUAUACUUUGGCAAUUCCAUUUCAUAGUUGAAUUGAACUUGCAAGAUGAUGAAUAAAUUCAAAAAUGCGGUGCUUCCAUGGAUGAAGCUUCAAUUCCAACAUCGUGGCAUUGCAAAAGUACGUCUAAAAUGGGUGAAAAAUCGAAGCAUCGAUCACAUCAUCGACAAAGAAACCGAUCUCAAAGCCGCUUCACUUCUCAAAGACGCAAUCAAACGUUCCUCCACCGGUUUCCUCACCGCCAAAACCUUCGCCGAUUGGCAAAAGCUUCUCGGCCUAACCGUCCCCGUUCUCCGAUUCAUGCGCAGGUAUCCAACUCUCUUUCACGAAUUCCCUCACCCUCGCUGGAACUCUCUUCCUUGUUUCCGUUUAACCGAAACCGCACAGCUUUUAGAUUCUCAAGAACAGAAUAUUUACACUGUUCACGAAAACGACACCGUUGAGAGACUCUCUAGGUUACUCAUGAUGAUGAAAACUCGUACCGUUCCUCUUCAGUCUCUUUAUCCUCUCAAAUUUGAUUUAGGUUUCCCUGAUUCGUUUGAGAAAACCCUAAUUCCGAAAUAUCCCGAGAGAUUCCAGUUUGUUAAGGCUCCUAAUGGUGUUUCCGCAGUAAGACUCGUGCAGUGGUGCGAUGAAUUUGCGGUUUCGGCUUUGCAGAAGAGUAAUGAGUGUGAGAGUGAUCAGUAUAGAGACUUUAAGAGAGGGAAAACAGCGUUGGUUUUUCCGAUGAGGUUUCCGAGAGGCUACGGUGGACAGAAGAAGGUUAGGUUUUGGAUGGAUGAGUUUCAGAAAUUGCCUUAUAUUUCGCCGUAUACUGAUUCUUCUAAGAUUGAUCCUAAAAGUGAUUUGAUGGAGAAGCGCGUUGUUGGGGUUUUGCAUGAGAUUUUGAGUUUGUGUUUGCAUAAGAAAACUAAGAGGAACUACUUGAGAAGUUUGAGGGAGGAGUUGAAUCUUCCUCAUAAGUUUACUAGGAUUUUUACUAGAUAUCCUGGGAUAUUUUAUCUUUCGUUGAAGUGUAAAACAACCACUGUUACUCUUAGAGAAGGGUAUGCAAGGGGAAAGUUGGUGGAUCCGCAUCCACUUGCUCGCCAUAGAGAUAAGUUUUACCACGUGAUGAGGACAGGGCUUCUUUAUCGUGGUGAUGGGUCCUUGAAAGUUUUGGAAGAUGCUUUGAUGGUUGAUUCUAUGGAGAAUGAUGAAAUGGAAGACGGGGAUUCUGAGGAGGAAGAGGUUGAAACAAGUGAUGAAUUCUGCGAGGAUGAAGUUUCGGACUCGGAUGAUAGUAGUAGUGAGUAAGGUUUGGGUUUCAAUGAUGCGGAAUUGUAAUUUGUAUUCAUGAGACAAGCAAUAGGAUGACUACUUCGAAGGAAUUAUUUGCUCUACACCCGCCUGGUUGGCAAGUGAUAUCAUGGAAAUAUAAUCAUUUAAGGUAGAGAUUUAUUCCCCGAGGCACAAACAUGGUCUUCAUUCUUUCGGCAUAGUGUGGAAUGCAAAUGAUGGAAAUUAUGCGGAUAAUUUAUCUUUUUUGAGGCCGGCUUGUUGAAAGUUUUUGUAAAUUUAUGUUGUAGAUUUAAUUGAUACAUUGAGAUUGUAAUAUUGUUUCAAUUUUUGUUCAUACAACUUUGCACUUAGGCUGGCGAAGAGGAGAGAGAAAUGAUUUAUAGGUUUAAAUAGUGUUUUUGUUUUUCAUCUGUAUUUUUUUUUUCUUAUGGAUAAAACCCUUAAAUGUUGAAUUUUAUUUGGGUUUAAUCCCUAGAGUUAAAAUUUGCGGGUUU